CCUAGCAAGACCAACAGCACGCCAUUAUUCUAUCUACCAUGUGGAGUACCGGAUAAGCUGACACCGCACCAGCAAUGUCGAUUCAUGUCAUUGUACACCGACGUGUCAUCUAGCCAAAAGCCAAGCAUUAUGCCAUCGCAGCAAUAUUUUUUAUUUUUCAAGCUGACCCCCUGCUCCCUCAAAAAAAAAAAGUGACUCCUUGUAGCAGCGGUUGGCAGAUCCAUAGCAAUGAGCGUCAUGGUGAGCAAGUCCUCGCCGGUGGUCGUGUCCCCCGCCGAACCCCGGGCGCCUGCCGGCGACGUCCAGCUCUCCUCUUUCGACCAGCGCAUCCCCCCUUUCGCGGUCACAUUGCUCCUCAUGUUCGACCAUCCGAUCGACAAGCCCAUCGAGACCAUCAAGCGGGCGCUGUCGCGAGCGCUCGUCCACUACCGCCCUGUGUCCGGCCGCCUCGCCGGAGCCGAGCACCGCAUCGCGUGCACCGACGAGGGCGUGCCGUUCGUGGGGGCGUCCGCCAGCUGCGCCCUGGAUCUGGAAAAGGUCACCCCGGCGCUGCUCGCGGAUCUCGCCGUCGCCUACGCUGGUCCUUUCUGCCGGCGCGCCGACCCGCUGCUGCAGAUGCAGGUCACGGAGUUCUCCUGCGGCGGCUUCGUCGUCGGGGUCACGUGGAACCAUGUCCUGGCCGACGGCACCGGGAUGGGGCAGUUCCUUCAGGCCGUGGGCGAGCUCGCCCGCGGGAUGCCGCGGCCGUCCGUCGUCCCGGUCAGGUGGGCCGCCGCGGUCCGGGAUUUCCCCCCGCCCACAGCCACGGCGGAGAGGCGCUCCUUGAUGAAGCCUAAGGAGAAGGAGGGCCGGGGCGCCUUCCUCGACAUCACCGUCCCGUCGAGCCUCAUCGGCCGCGUCAAAGCCCAGUGCGCCUGCACGGUGUUCGAAGCCGUCGCGGCGGUGCUGUGGCGGUGCCGGACCCGCGCGGCCGUCGAGCAACCCGACGCCCCUACGCCGCUCGUCUUCCCCAACAACGUGCGCGAGCUCUUCGGCGCGCAGGACGGCUACUACGGCAACUGCACCAUCAUGAAGUCGGUACAAGCGACGCGCGCCCAGGUGGCCGACGGCGACAUCAGGGACGUGGUGCGGCUCAUCAGGCGCGGCAAGGAGACUCUGCUCGAGGCCGAGGGCAGCGGCGGCGCGGAGGCCGGGGGAGACUUGUACAACAGGCUGGCCGUGUCGAGCUGGCGGCGCAUCGGGUUGGACGCGGCCGACUUCGGCGGCGGGACGCCGGCGCGGGUGAUGUGGCACGAGGACCGGAUGGUGGUGCCGGAGUGCAUCGUGUGCCCGCCGUGGAAGGGCAAGGACGGGGUCAAUGUGCAGUCGCUCUGCGUCAGGCUGGAGCACGCCGCCGCCUUCCUGGCCGAGCUCGCCGCAAUAUGAUGUGAUGCCCUGCUCUUUUUUCACCCUUUAAGUUAUUUACUAGCACUUUCGACUCAGGGGAGAAAGCAGAUUUUCUAGCGUGCACGAGGGCAAUGGCAAUCGCAUGGCAUCACCGACCACGGUUGCCUCCGAGGAAUGGCUCUCGUACGCAAUAUUUGAUCAGUAGUAUUCAGGUUUCACGUUUCAGAGACUAUGCAUGCUUCUUCUCCCUCGUUCAGGUGUGCAAGACUUGACGAAACUAAGAAACUUGGGUCGCGAUUUUAACAAUUCAAUGUAGCAUAUGUUGAGGAA